UCAGGACCACGACGAGAACUCUGCAAUCGUAUGCGCGUAAUUUGGAUAUCUGCGCUUCUAAUACUUUGCGUAGCUGCGCGAAACGAAGAGGCGGUAGAUUGAAAUUGAGACGGAACAACAGACAUUUUAGCAAAAUCGGACGGAUCGGAGACAUUUCUUUCAACAAAGGUCUGCAAACACGCUUGGUAUGAAUCCCUGGGACCCCGUUACUUAUACAGUGACACCUGCUGCUAAGAUUUUAGCCAGAUGUGUAACAUCAGGCACCAUGACACAGGAGGAGCUCGACGCUCUUCCACGGGAUUCAGAAGUCUUUUCCACAGCUUUACUUGAAACCGAGCAGCUGAACAGAAUUAGACGUGAUCUUGAUCAGGCUAAUUUAGAUUUAGAGCUGCUGAAGCUGGACAGAGACAGUGCAGACGUCACUCACACUCAUUACCUCAGUCAAAGGUUUGCUUCCUUGCAACAGUUCACUUCCCACCUUCAGGAAGUGUUACGAGAACAGACAGUCUUACGAGAGAGACUCACAAAGCCACUUUGUCAGCAGAACCUGCCCGUUCAUGCUGAUCUUCACAGAUAUGUGGUAGAGCUUAUGGGGAUGGUGGCAGAGUUCAUUCAGAACUUAAAAGUGAAAAUUAAGAUGAUUCAAGCAAUUCCGAAAACUGACAGAUACCUGAGUAGUUUGAACAGUGCCAUAACUCAGCUGCUGGCUCAGGGCACUGAGGUCGAAAAUCUGUACAAGCAAGUUCUUAAGCGACGAGGCCAUCUGCACACCAACAUUAAAGAUAUGUCCAGUUGAUGAGGAAUUUCAGAAUAAUCGAAUAUAACGGCACCUACCAUUAGUUCAGGAUACUAGUGAAUAUUAAAAAAUGGCUUAAUGACUUAAUGACUAGCUUUAGUAUACAUCUUUACAGUUUUGUAUUCUGUAUGCUGUAUCUUCAAAGCAUAUAUAACAUUCUUGUUUUGUUUCAUAUUGUCUCUAUUUUGUGUACCUGUCGGUUGCUGACAUAGGCACAUUAGAGAAAACCCUUUUAAUUAAUGGAUUGUAUACUGCAGCAACAUGUAAAUACUGAGACAUGCGUUCCAUUUAUGUGUUUUU